CCUUCUUUCAAAACGGUAUAGAGUCUCACGGAGGGCGGUCGUAUUACGCUCGAACUCUCUCUCUCCAUUAAAAACUACGAUAUAAAACAAAAAUAUACGUGUCUUUUAUUAUUUUACAAGAAAGAAAAAAAAACCCCCCAAAAAAAAGAAAAUUUAAUUAAUUUAUUGUGAAAAUCAAGUGAAAUGCUAGUUAAAAUUGUGACUUGACAGUGUAUCUCACAAAAAGUGUUUCUAUUCGGUGUAAAGAAAAUAAAAUUAAAUCAUAAAAAAAAGAAAUAUUAUUGCUCAGCCAAAGGAGAAAAUUAAAUAUAUAAAGUGAGUGUGUGAGGGAAGGUGAAGAGGGUAAAAAUUUUGAGAGAAGAUAAUAACGAAGAAUAAUUGAAAAGAUUCGGGGGUGGCGAGAAGGGAGUGAUGACGGGCGUGGAAGGAAAAGGUGGCGGGGGCGAAGGGGCUACUGAUAGUUCUGAUAAUACAAAUGUGAUUAACAAUGCAAAUGUUAAUACAAAUCAGCAAAAUGGAGGGACGGAGAAGGCGCCCGUCGUCGGUGGGACAAAUGUUGAAACUUUACCACGACCCGGAAAACAGAGUGACCCAAGCACAGAGUUUCUACGGGCAGCUAGAGCAGGAGAACUCGAGAAAGUUUUAGAAUUUUUAGAAUCCGGUGUGGAUAUUAAUACUUCUAAUGCUAAUGGACUGAACGCACUGCAUUUGGCUUCAAAAGACGGUCACAUAGAAAUUGUUAAAGAAUUAUUAUCUAGAGGUGCCCGUGUUGAUGCUGCCACAAAAAAAGGAAAUACGGCAUUGCACAUUGCUUCCCUUGCGGGUCAAGAGGAAGUGGUACGAUAUUUGGUGGAGCAAGGUGCUUCAGUUAAUGUACAGUCUCAAAAUGGAUUCACCCCUUUAUAUAUGGCUGCCCAGGAAAACCACGACUCUGUUGUUAAAUUCCUACUUAGCACGGGAGCCAGCCAGAGUCUUGCCACCGAGGAUGGUUUUACCCCAUUGGCUGUGUCAAUGCAACAAGGACACGAAAAAGUUGUAACUGUUCUAUUGGAGAGUGACACCAGAGGUAAAGUUCGACUGCCGGCACUUCACAUUGCGGCCAAGAAAGAUGACUGCAAAGCAGCUGCGCUGCUUUUACAGAGUCACCACAAUCCCGACGUGACAUCGAAAAGUGGUUUCACACCUCUUCACAUUGCAUCACAUUACGGAAAUGAUAGAAUAGCAUUUUUUCUAUAUGAGAAAGGAGCCGAUGUCAAUUUCGCUGCGAAGCACAAUAUCACUCCGUUGCAUGUAGCAGCGAAAUGGGGAAAAGUUAAAUUGGUUAAUUUCCUGAUAAGCAAAGGUGCAAAUAUCCAGGCAAAAACGAGGGAUGGUCUUACACCUUUACAUUGUGCGGCAAGAUCAGGACAUCAUGAAGUCAUAGACAUACUUAUAGAAAAAGGAGCGCCUAUUGGUUCUAAAACUAAGAAUGGUCUUACUCCUCUGCAUAUGGCUUCACAAGGAGAUCAUGUGGAUGCUGCGAGGAUUUUACUCUAUCAUAGGGCACCUGUUGACGAAGUGACGAUGGAUUAUUUAACGGCGUUACAUGUUGCCUCUCAUUGUGGUCACGAUCGAGUGGCUAAGCUUCUUCUUGAUAGAAAUGCGGAUCCUAACGCAAGAGCACUCAACGGCUUCACACCUCUUCACAUUGCUUGUAAAAAGAAUAGGCUCAAAAUUGUUGAAUUGCUUAUUAAACACAAAGCCAGCAUUGAAAAUACGACAGAGUCUGGACUGUCGCCCUUACACGUUGCCAGUUUUAUGGGUAGUAUGAACAUCGUGAUUCUUCUACUCCAGCACGAAGCUUGCCCUGACGUUCGAACAAUUAGAGGAGAAACGCCGCUUCAUCUCGCAGCCAGAGCGAGUCAGACUGACAUCAUUAGGAUACUUUUAAGAAAUUCAGCACAAGUUGACGCCAGAGCGAGGGAGGAGCAAACGCCCCUUCAUGUCGCCUCUAGAUUAGGAAACGUAGACAUUGUAAUGCUAUUGCGAAAACACGGAGCUGAUGUAGAUGCCACGACGAAAGAUCUUUACACGCCUUUGCAUAUUGCCGCUAAAGAGGGUCAGGAAGAGGUUGCUGCUGUUUUAUUAGACAACAGAGCUUCGCUGACAGCCACUACUAAAAAAGGAUUUACUCCCCUACAUCUUGCAGCUAAGUACGGCAAUAUUACAGUUGCCAGGCUUUUGUUGCAGAAAAACGCACCAAUUGAUGCUCAGGGAAAGAAUGGAGUCACGCCUCUACAUGUAGCAUCACAUUACGAUCACCAAAAUGUAGCGCUACUCUUACUCGAAAAGGGUGCCUCGCCUCAUGCAAUGGCCAAGAAUGGUCACUCACCGCUCCAUAUUGCAGCUCGCAAGAAUCAGAUGGACAUAGCGACGACUUUAUUAGAAUAUGGAGCGAAAGCAAAUGCUGAAUCGAAAUGUGGAUUUACUCCUCUUCAUUUGAGCGCCGAAGAGGGUCACACGGACAUGUCAACAUUGCUCAUUGAACACAAAGCUGACACCAAUCAUAAAGCAAAAAAUGGAUUGGCUCCGCUACACUUGUGCGCACAAAAUGACAAAGUCAAUGUUGCUUCGAUUCUCGUAAAGAAUGGAGCGCAAGUCGAUGUCGUAACUAAGGCUGGCUAUACACCGUUACACGUUGCAUCUCACUACGGACAAGCAGCAAUGGUACGAUUCCUCUUAAGAUCAGGAGCUGAUGUUGAUUGCAGUACGAAUGCUGGAUACACGCCUCUACAUCAUGCUGCUCAACAGGGCCACACACUCAUCAUUAAUUUACUUCUCGAAAGCAAAGCCAAUCCAAAUGCUGUUUCAAAUUAUGGACACAUGGCUUUGGACGUCGCAAACAAAAUGGGCUAUAUUAGUGUCAUAGAAACUUUAAAAGUCGUGACGGAGACGACAAUAACGACAACUCACACAGUCACAAUCGAGGAGAAAUAUAGAGUUCAAGCUCCUGAAUCGAUGCAGGAAACAUUUAUGAGUGACAGUGAAGAUGAGGGUGGUGGUGAUGAAAUCGACGUGGCUGCCAUGAAUGUGUACGGUCAACCGCCACACGCACAACAUGUGUACCUUCCUUCCUACUACCAGGGCCAUAUGACCUACACUCGCGAAGAUCCGAUGCUCAGCGAUCAGCAACAGUAUCGUUAUAUGACCGGUGAUGAUAUGAAAUCAAUGGGAGAUGAUUCCAUGCGUGUCAACGUCACUGACGAUGAGAGGGAUAAUCGACAUUCUGGUGAUCGAAUAAUUACAGAGAUGAUCACCAAAGAAAAUUAUAAUCGUAUGCACGCUGCAAAUUUAAAACCAGACAAUAUUGACAUCAACAGGCAUCCCGUUCACGUUGGCGCGUCACUAGAGUCCUUAAAUACAUCGCUGGCUGCCCUCGGUUUCGUGCCAAAAGGACAAGGAAUGUGGAGGGACAGAAUUCCACAAUGGAAAAACUUUCUGGUUUCGUUUCUGGUCGAUGCGCGUGGAGGUGCGAUGCGAGGUUGUCGACAUAGUGGAGUACGAGUUAUUGUUCCUCCUCGUAAAGCGGCAAUGCCUAUGAGAGUGACCUGUAGAUAUCUCAAGAGGAGGGAUAAAUUAACGAAUCCACCACCUUUAAUGGAAGGUGAAGCUCUAGCGAGCCGAAUUCUUGAACUUGGACCAGUAGGAGCUAAAUUUUUGGGACCUGUUAUUAUUGAGGUACCACAUUUUGCCUCAUUAAGGGGUAAAGAAAGGGAGAUCGUGAUUCUACGAUCAGACAAUGGAGAAACCUGGCGUGAACACACCUUGGAAGCCAGCGAGGAGGCUGUCCAAGAUGUUCUCAACGAGAGCUUUGAAGGAGAAGAAUUAAGCCAGCUGGAAGAUCUCCAAACGUCUCGAAUCGUAAGAAUUCUCACAGUUGAUUUCCCACACUAUUUUGCUGUGGUAUCGAGGAUCAGACAAGAAGUCCACGCAGUUGGUCCCGAAGGAGGCACAUUAUCAUCAUCUGCCGUACCGCAAGUGCAAGCCGUGUUUCCCAAACACGCACUCACCAAAAAAAUCCGAGUUGGUCUCCAGGCACAUCCAAUACCAGCCGAACUGGUGGCUAAACUUUUAGGUAAUCGAGUGGCAGUUUCUCCAAUUGUCACAGUUGAACCAAGACGAAGAAAAUUCCAUAAACCAAUAACUCUGACAAUACCAGUGCCUCAGGCAGCUAAUAAAGGAAUGAUAAAUCAAUACUCGGGUGAUGCGCCCACCUUGAGGCUCCUAUGCAGUAUCUCUGGCGGUCAGUCUCGAGCAGUCUGGGAAGAUGUGACCGGGUCGACACCAUUGACCUUCGUUAAGGAUUGCGUCUCCUUCACAACAACUGUCUCGGCCCGUUUCUGGUUGAUGGAUUGCCGAAAUAUAACUGAAGCUUGCAAAAUGGCGACAGAUCUUUACACUCACGCAACCCACGUACCUUUUAUGGCCAAAUUCGUAGUGUUUGCAAAACGCAUUCAUCCAUUAGAGGCAAGGCUCCGCGUGUUCUGCAUGACUGAUGAUAAGGAAGACAAGACUUUGGAGCAUCAGGAACACUUUACUGAAGUCGCCAAGAGCCGAGAUGUUGAGGUUCUUGAGGGUAAAACUCAAUACAUGGAAUUCGCUGGUAACUUGGUACCUGUAUUGAAGAGUGGUGAACAAUUACAAUUACCAUUCCGGGGUUUCAAGGAAAAUCGAGUUCCCUUUACCGUGAGGAUAAAGGAUCCUGAUGCAGCGGACAUGAUGGGAAGAAUAAUGUUUAUGAGCGAGCCAAAAGUAGCGAAAGGCGAACCGCCACAAACGCCAAUUUGCACGUUAAAUAUUCUUUUACCAGAAAGAAUUUCACCAGACGCGAACGUUUCUCAAUUGGACCUCUUGGAAUUGUCGAAGAACUAUAGCUUCUUACGAGACGGCGGAAUAAGCACACCUGACACAUUUCAUAGAGCUACAAUUCGACUGACCGAUAUUGCAAAUUUACUUGACAACGAUUGGGAGCAAUUAGCAGCAGAAUUAAAUGUCAGUCCAAAAAAAGUCGAGGAGAUCAAAGAGGAAUAUCCUGAUAAACCUGCUCAGCAAGCUGCAGCUAUGUUUAAAGUAUGGAAAGCGGAUGGAAAUAAAGCAACGGGUAAUACGUUAGAGAAAGCGUUACAAAAAAUUGGUCGUGAUGAUAUUGUGAAAAAGUGUAUAUUUAACGUUGAACUUGUGACCGACGAUGUUGAGAAAGCCGUUGCCAAAGUGAGAAUUGAUCAACCUGGGUUCGAUUCACUUAAGGAAGAAUUGGGACCUUCAAGGGACACUUCACUCAGACGGAAUGUCACACUUGAUCCAAAACUCGAUCCGGAUUAUGAGGAGCCGGAUCGAAUGAAAGACUCGGAGUCUUUAGAAGAUCUUGUUAUCAUUGCAUCGACACCUGAAAAACCAACAAAGCCGCACGUCACAAUCACGAACGGCACUGUAUUCAACGGUACCUCGACCCCCAAGAAAGACAAAUACGCCAGUGAUGAGAAAGAAUUCGAAGACAUGAUGGCUGAUUUUAUUCACCAUAAAUAUCAAGAAUCAGAACCCAUGACAAAUAUAAGUCAUGAUGAUGAUGAUGACGAUGAAUUUUUAAAGCGACAGCAAAUAAUUGCAGACGCCAGCAAAUUAGUUUCCGGUGUAAAACAAGAUGCUGAGAAAGAGAAGGGGAAGUUAGCGAUGGAAGGGUGGUCGGUGGUUUAUGAUGACGAUAAACAACGUAGUAAAGAGGUAGGAGGCGCUUUAGGGAAACAGUUAGAAAAAAUGAGCGACACAAUUACAAAAACAUCCACAAUUUCAGUAACGACAAUAGAGACUCGGGUUUUGCAAAAACCAGACACAACUGGGGAUAAGCAAACCAUUAUUAUAGCUGAAAGCAGUGUAGAUAGUUCUAGAGAAACAAGUGGACCAAUUAGGGAUAGAGAUUCUUUAACGAAAAGUGAUAAUUUAGGUGAAUCAGUGUCAGGUAUUAAGGGUAAAACGAAAACGGUAAGUGAGACGACGAAAAAAGACUCUAAGGGAAGCAAGAAGCAAAAAGAGGAUAAAGAUAAACCAGGUGAUAAAGUGCAACAAACAGCGGAAGAGGCGAAAGAAAAAUCUGAAAUGGAGAAUAAAAAACUUAAAGAUAAAUCCGGAAAAAUGUUCUCAGGGAUAUUUAAGGGAUCAAAGGGGAAAAAGUCCAAGGACUCAAAAGACUCUUCAUUCGAUAGUGGAGAUGAGGAAACGAGAAUAAUGACUUCUAAAUUUUUGGACGAUACAAGAAGAAUUGCAGACGAUUCUGAAAUGUUAACUAAUGGUGUCCAUUUGCAUGACACGAAAUCUGUCCAGGACGUGAAAACAGCGACCGCGAUAUUUUUGGACGACUCCAAAAAAGCUGCUGCAAGAUUUGGCGAAACUGUUCCAGAAAGUGUGGAACCUAAGAAAAGUGACACAGCCCAGGAAGAGAAAGACAAACCAAGUGGAUUCUUCGGAAUCUUUAGAAGUCCGAAAUCAAAGGACAAGAGACGGAGUAAAUCAAAGGAGAAGGAUUCAUCAGCUGAGAGUGGUGAUGAUGAAGUCAGAAUCACAACAGCCAAGUUUCUAGAGGACGUUCGAAGGAAUGCUGGAUCACCCGAUUUGCCCUUCAUAGACAAACCCGAUUCCAGAGUCGACGAGGAGCUGGGCCGAUUUUCAGCAUACAGUAAUUAUGAUUCCGAUGCACCUACAGAUAAACUUAAAGGAUCAUCGUACAAUAUUUCGGAAAUACCAAAGGAAGAGAAGGUGAUAAAGCAAAAAUCACUUGUGAGUUCUGAACCCGCGACAACUGAAGACGAGAGUCAAGAUGACAGUCAAGAAAAAUCGAGUGGCUUCUUCGGUAUCUUUAGAAGUCCAAAGCUAAAGAGCCGAAAACGAAGUAAAUCUCGAGAACCAUCUUCUAAAGAUUCGUCUAAAGAAGCGUCGGUCGAUGUUUCCGAUGCUGAUUUAAGACUUCAGACUGCUCAAUUACUAGAGGAUACCAAGAAACAUGCGGAUAAAUUCUACGAACCUGUUCCGGUUCAACAAGUGAAAAUUGUUACCAUUGUAGAAACCUCUGGUGAAGAUAAACCAACCGAGUUACCCAAAGAAGAAUCGAAAGAAAAAGGUAGCACGAUAUUCGGUAUGUUCAAGAGUCCUAGAGGCCUAAAGAAGAGAAGUAGAUCCAAGGAUAAAAGUACAUCGAGAGACACGUCCUUUGACAGUGGCGAUGAGGAGGUACGAAUUGCAACCGCUAAAUUCUUGGAAGACAGCAGAAAAAUAGCAGGAGAAAUAGACGCGUGUCCUUACAAGUCAUACGCAUUUUAUGAAGAGAUGAAAAAAUCAGCUAAAGAUGACGCUAAAGAUAUUGCAUCACAAGACGUUACAGAUUCGGCAAUAAAAAUACCUAAACAAGCAUCAGAGGAAAUUGAAAAAGGAUCCGAAGGUGCCGAUCCAAUGAAAGACAAAACCAAGAAGACUAAGGACAAAGGUGGAUUUUUGUCGGGAAUAUUCAAAGGAGCCAAGCAUGCUGUCGAUGAUGUUACAGGUGACGUCAAAGAAUUUUUAGAUGAAACAAAGCACGAAGCAGAAUUAGAAGAAGAAAGUGCUCGAAAAGCUGCUGACAAAUUAGCGAAGGAUGUUAAAGAUUCUAAAGAGAAGGCAACUUCUGAAAUAAAGACUGCAACAGAUGUAGUGAAAGAAAAAGUUGAUUCAGCAGCUGAAAAAGUUAAAAGUGCUGAAGAAAAAGUGUCGACCGACAUGGAGGCACUAAAAGAUGGAAGCAAAAAGGCAGCAAAAGACGUUGCAGACACGACUGCUAAGGAAUCCAAAAAAGCUAAAGAUAAAGCUGGUGGAUUUCUAUCUGGUAUUUUCAAAGGCGCAAAACACACUGCGGAUGAAAUUGCAGACGACACUAAAGAAACGAUUGAUCACACAAAAAAAGAAGCCGAGAAAGGGAAAGAUAGUCUACAAAAAGCUGCGGAAGAUUUAUCCACUGAUGUUAAAGAUGCGAAAGAUAAAGUUGUUUCUGAUUUAAAAGAAACUGUAGACGAAACAAAAGAAAAAUUGACAGAUACGGCCCAAACUGUUAAAACAACUGGAGAUAAGAUUGCUACAGAUAUUAUUGAUACAAAAGACAAGAGUGUUCAGAAAGUGAAAAAGGAUGCAAAAGCCGUAAAGGAUACAAUAACACAAGGAGCGGAAACAGUAGCAGACGCAGCUGCGGAUGUUAAGGACAAGAGUGCAAAGGAGGCUAAGAAGGCUAAAGAUAAAGCAGGUGGUUUCUUAUCCGGAAUUUUCAAAGGAGCAAAAAGUGCAGCUGAUGAUACAGCAGAUAGUGUACAAGAAGUAGUGGACGAGACUAAGAAAGAUAUAACAGACGUGAAAGAUCGUCUAGUGAAAGAUGUAGACGAUACAAAAGAAAAAUUAAAGGAAGCAAAAGAAAAAGCUAAAACACAAAUAACCGAAGACGCACAAGCAGUGUCAGAAAAAGCAUCUGAUGUUUCAAAACAGAUUUCAAAGGACCUGAAGGACACCGCUGAUGUAGCAAAAGAUGCUACUGGACAAGCUGUACAAACUGUUAUUGAUGCUAAAGAUUCAGCAGUUAAAGAAGUAAAGAAAGAUGCAGAUAUUGUUAAGGACAAAAUCAAAUCCGGGGCAGAAACUGUAUCAGAAACGGCAGAAGCAGCGAAAGAUAAAACUUCCAAAGAAGCAAAGAAGGCUAAAGAGAAAACAGGUGGAUUUUUAUCUGGAAUACUCAAAGGAGCCAAGCAUGCUGUCGAUGAUGUUACAGAUGACGUCAAAGAAUUUUUGGAUGAAACAAAACAUGAAGCAGAAUUAGAAGAAGAACGUGCUCGAAAAGCUGCUGAAGAUUUGGCGAAGGAGGCUAAAGACGCUAAAGACAAAGCAGUCAAAGGCGUUAAAGAUUCUACAGAAAAGGUGAAAGAUGCAAAGGAUAAAGUAGUGUCAGAUUUGACUAAAGAUGCAAAAGAAACUAAAGACAAAGCAGUCAAAGGCGUUAAAGAGACUGCAGGAAAGGUUAAAGAUGCAAAGGAUAAAGUAGUUUCGGAUGUUGAUGACUCAUUAGAUAAAACAAAACAAAAAAUUUCCAAAGAAGCACAAUCUGUACAGAAAACAGUUGAUCACACGGUUGACGACAUUUCUAAAAAAGCUGCAGAAGGUGCCGACACAAUUAAAACAUCAAGUACAAAAAUUGUCGAAACUGUUACUGAUACGGCAGAUGCAACUGUUAAAGAAUUGAAGAAGGAUGUUAAUAUUGCAGAGGAGAAGAUUAAAUCAGAAGCUGAGAAGGUAACAGAAACUGCUGCAACAACAAAAGACAAAGCUGCAAAAGAAGCAAAGAAAGCAAAAGACAAAACUAGUGGUUUCUUUUCGGGAAUAUUUAAAGGAGCCAAGCAUGCGGGCGAUGAUGUUACAGAUGACGUCAAAGAAUUCUUGGACGAGACAAAGCACGAAGCAGAAUUAGAAGAAGAACGUGCUAAACAAGCUGCGGAGAAACUUGCUAAAGAUGCAACAGACGCCAAAGAUAAAGCUGUAAAAACUGUUAAGGAAACAACUGACAAGAUUAAAGAUGGAAAAGACAAGGUGACAACAGAAAUUGACAGCUCAUUGGAUAAGACAAAGCAGAAAGUCAAAGAGGAUGUAAAGGAUGCAAAAGAGGCAGUGAAAGAGACUAGUAAAAAAGUUUCUGAUGGAAUGGAGACUGCAGCAGAUGCUAUAAAAGACGCUGGAUCCAAAAUGGAAAAGGGGCUAUCAGACACAAAGGAUGUUAUUGCCGAAGAAAUAAAAGAGGACAGCAAGAUUGCUACAGAUAAAAUUAAAUCCGGAGCAGAAGCUGUUGCAGAUACAGCGGGAGCAGCAAAAGAUAAAACUGCAAAAGAGGCCAAAAAAGCUAAGGAUAAGGCUGGUGGAUUCUUCUCAGGAAUAUUCAAAGGAGCCAAGCAUGCAGUAGAUGAUGUAACGGAUGAUGUAAAAGAAUUUUUGGAUGAAACAAAACAUGAAGCAGAAUUAGAAGAAGAACGAGCUAAAAAAGCUGCUGAAGAUUUAGCUAAAGAUGCCAAAGAUGUUAACAAAGUCGCCAAAGGCGUUAAAGAUACAACUGAGAAGAUUAAAGAUGCAAAAGACAAAGUAUCAGCAGAUGUUGAUACCUCAUUGGAUAAUGCUCAGCAAAAGGUGAAGGAGGAGGUAUCAGAUGUAAACGAAAUGAUUACAAAAACAAAAAAAGAUACGAAAAAAACAACAGAAGAUAUCAAAUCCAGUUCUGAAAAAGCAGCAUCCGCAGUUAAAGAAUCAGCCGAAAAAGGAUUGAAAGAUGCAAAAGAUGCAGUACAAGAUACUGGCAAAAAAGUAUCAGAUGAAGUCGAUACAGCAACAGCUGCUGUAAAAGAUACUGGUUCUAAAAUAGCAAAAGGAAUUGAUGACACAAAAGACGCAGUUGCUAAAGAAAUUAAGGAGGAUACCAAGAUAGCAGCAGAUAAAAUUAAAUCAGGGGCAGAAGCUGUUUCAGAAAAAGCAGAAGCAGCAAAAGACAAAACAUCUAAAGAAGCUAAGAAAGCAAAGGAUAAAGCUGGUGGCUUCCUUUCUGGAAUAUUUAAAGGAGCUAAACAUGCUGUAGAUGAUGUUACAGGUGACGUCAAAGAAUUUUUGGACGAAACCAAGCACGAAGCAGAAUUAGAAGAAGAGAAAGCUCGAAAAGCUGCUGAAGAAUUAGCUAAAGAUGCAAAAGAAACUAAGGACAAAGCUGUUAAGGGCAUUAAAGAUACAACUGGGAAAAUUAAAGAUGCAAAGGACACAUUAUCAGCGGAUAUUGAUACCUCAUUGGAUAAGGCUAAGCAAAAGGUGAAGGAGGAGGCACAUGACGCAAAGGAUGUAGUUAAAGAUGCUAGUAAAAAAGUUUCUGAUGGAGUGGGAACUGCAGCAGAUGCUGUGAAAGAUGCGGGUUCUAAAGUUGCAAAAGGUUUAGAUGACACAAAGGAUGCAGUAGUUAAAGAAGUGAGGGAAGAUACUAAAAAAGCUGCAGACAAACUAAAAUCAGGAGCGGAUGCUGUUUCUGAGAAAGCAGAUGCAGCUAAGGAUAAAACUACCAAGGAAGCUAAGAAAGCAAAAGACAAGGCAGGUGGAUUCCUUUCUGGAAUAUUUAAAGGAGCCAAACACUCUGUUGAUGAUGCUACAGAUGACGUGAAAGAAUUUUUGGACAAGACAAAGCAGGAAGCAGCAGCAGAGGAAGAACGUGCACGAAAGGCAGCAGAAGAAUUAGCUAAAGAUGUAAAAGAAACAAAAGAUAAAGCUGUGGAAGGGGUUAAAGAUACUGCAGCGAGUGUCAAAGAAGCAACUGAUAAAGCAGUUUCAGAUUUGGCUAAAGAAGUAAAAGAUACUAAAGACAAAGCAGUUAAAAGUGUUAAAGAUACUGCUGACAAAAUUAAAGACGAAAAGGACAAACUAUCAGCAGAUAUUGACAGUUCUGUGAAGGAUGCAAAGGAAAAUGUAAAAGAUGAGGUACAUGAAAUGAAAGUUGCAGCGAAAGAUACCGGAACGAAAAUUUCUGAAGAAGUAGACACUGCAGCUGAAGCUGUUAAAGAUACUGGUUCAAAAAUAGUAAAGGGCAUUGAUGACACGAAGGAUGCUAUUGGAAAAGAAAUCAAGGAGGACACCAAGAUUGCGGCUGAAAAAGUUAAAUCUGGAACGGAAACAGUUUCAGAGAAAGUAGAUGCAGCAAAAGACAAAACUGCAAAAGAAGCCAAGAAAGCAAAGGAUAAAGCUGGUGGGUUCUUUUCCGGCAUAUUCAAAGGAGCCAAGAAUGCCGUCGAUGAUGUUACGGAUGACGUCAAAGAAUUCUUGGAUGAGACAAAGCACGAUGCAGAAUUAGAAGAAGAACGAGCUAAAAAAGCUGCUGAAGAUUUGGCUAAAGAUGCCAAAGAUGCUAAAGACAAAGUCGUCAAAGGCGUUAAAGAUACAACUGAGAAAGUUAAAGAUGCAAAAGACAAAGUAUCAGCAGAUAUUGAUACCUCAUUGGAUAAGACUAAGCAAAAGGUGAAGGAGGAGGUACAUGACGCAAAGGAUGCAGUAAAAGAUGCUAGUAAAAAAGUUUCUGAUGGAGUGGAGACUGCAGCUGAUGCUGUGAAGGACGCGGGUUCUAAAGUUGCAAAAGGUUUAGAUGACACAAAAGACAAAGUUGCUAAGGAAAUUAAGGAGGAUACCAAAAUUGCGUCAGAUAAAAUUAAAUCAGGAGCAGAAGCAGUUUCAGAAAAAUCAGAAGCAGCAAAGGACAAAACUUCUAAAGAAGCUAAGAAAGCAAAGGAUAAAGCGGGUGGGUUCUUUUCUGGAAUAUUCAAAGGAGCCAAGCAUGCGGUCGAUGAUGUUACGGAUGACGUCAAAGAAUUCUUAGAUGAGACAAAGCACGAAGCAGAAUUAGAAGAAGAACGUGCUAAACAAGCUGCGGACGAACUUGCUAAAGAUGCAAAAGACGCCAAGGAUAAAGCAGUAAAAACUGUUACGGACACAACUGACAAGAUUAGAGAUGUAAAGGACAAAGUGACAACAGAAAUUGACAGCUCAUUGGAUAAGGCAAAGCAGAAAGUCAAAGAGGAUGUAGAGGAUGCGAAAGAUGCAGUGAAAGAAACUGGUAAAAAAGUUUCUGAUGGAGUCGAUUCUGCAGCAGAUGCUGUAAAAGAUGCUGGAUCUAAAGUGACAAAAGCAAUCACAGUCGCAAAGGAUGCUAUUGCUGAUGAAAUAAAGGAGGACACCAAGAUUGCUGCAGACAAAAUUAAAUCCGGAGCAGAAGCUAUUUCAGAAACGACGGAUGCUGCAAAAGAUAAAACUGCAAAAGAGGCCAAAAAAGCUAAGGAUAAGGCUGGUGGAUUCUUCUCAGGAAUAUUCAAAGGAGCCAAGCAUGCAGUAGAUGAUGUUACGGAUGAUGUAAAAGAAUUUUUAGAUGAAACAAAACAUGAAGCAGAAUUAGAAGAAGAACGAGCUAAAAAAGCUGCUGAAGAUUUAGCGAAAGAUGCCAAAAAUGCUAAAGACAAAGUCGUCAAAGGCGUUAAAGAUACAACUGAGAAUAUUAAAGAUGCAAAAGACAAAGUAUCAGCGGAUAUUGAUACCUCAUUGGAUAAGGCUAAGCAAAAGGUGAAAGAGGAGGUACAUGACGCAAAGGAUGCAGUAAAAGAUGCUAGUAAAAAAGUUUCUGAUGGAGUGGAAACUACAGCAGAUGCUGUGAAAGACGCCGGUUCUAAAGUUGCAAAAGGUUUAGAUGACACAAAGGAGGCAGUAGUAAAAGAAGUGAGGGAAGAUACUAAAAAAGCUGCAGACAAACUAAAAUCAGGAGCGGAUGCUGUUUCUGAGAAAGCAGAUGCAGCGAAGGAUAAAACUACCAAGGAAGCCAAGAAAGCAAAAGACAAGGCAGGUGGAUUCCUUUCUGGAAUAUUUAAAGGAGCCAAACACUCUGUUGAUGAUGCUACAGAUGACGUGAAAGAAUUUUUGGACAAGACAAAGCAGGAAGCAGCAGCAGAAGAAGAACGUGCACGAAAAGCAGCAGAAGAUUUAGGUAAAGACGCAAAGGCCACCAAAGAUAAAGCUGUUAAAGCUGUUACUGAAACAGCUGAUAAAAUUAAAGAAGGCAAAGACAAAAUAUCAUCAGAUAUUGAUAUCUCACUUGAUAAGGCAAAGCAGCAUGUUACUGACAAAGUUGAUGUGGCUAAGGAUGCAGUACAAGAUGCGGGAAAAAAAGUAUCGGAUGGAAUCCAGGCCACCACAGAAUCUGUGAAAGACGCAGGUUCAAAGUCUGCCCAAAAGGUUGUUGAUGCAAAAGAUGCUGCAAUUGGUGAAAUUAACAAAGAUGUUCAUUUAGUCGAAGAAAGAGUUAAAUCUGGAGCAGAAACUUUAGUCCAAACAGCUGAAGUAGUUGAAGAGAAAGUUUCUAAAGAAUCAAAGAAAGCAAAGGACAAAGCAGGUGGUUUUCUAUCAGGAAUGUUUAAAGGCGCCAAACAAGUAAAAGACGGUGUCGUAGAAGACGUUAAAGAAUUAUCAGAUGACUCGAAGAAGAAAGCGGAGAAAGAAAAGGAAAUGUUGCAAGCGACAGGAGAAAAAGUAGUUGAUGAUACAAAGAAAGCUACAGAACAAUUUUUAACUGAUUUGAAAAAGCAGGGUGAGAAAACUCAAGAAAUCAUUUCCCACGACGCACAAUUAGCAAAGGAUGCAGUAAAGGAUGCAGGAUCGAAAAUGGCACAAGAUUUAAAGGAUACAAAAGAUUCUGUUGUAAAGGAAGUAAAAGAGGACGUAAAUGUUGUUAAAGAUAAAGUAUCAGAAGGAGCUAAAACAGUUGAACAUAGUGUAGAUGAUGCAAAAGAGAAGACUGCUAAAGAAGCCAAAAAAGCAAAGGAGAAGGCUGGUGGAUUCUUUUCUGGUAUAUUUAAAGGAGCCAAGCAUGCAGUGGAUGAUGCUACAGAUGACGUCAAAGAAUUUUUAGAUGAUACAAAGCAUGAAGCAGAACUCGAAGAAGAACGUGCUAAGAAAGCUGCCGAAAAAUUAGCUAAGGAUGCAAAAGACACAAAAGAUAAAGCUGUUAAAGGCGUUAAGGACAAAACUGAGAAGAUUAAAGACGUAAAAGAGAAAGUUUCAUCAGAUAUUGAUAGUUCUCUUGAUAAGGCAAAACAAAAGGUUAAAGAGGAUGUACAGGACACAAAAGAUGCAAUGAAAGAGACUGGUAAGAAAGUUUCUGAAGGAGUCGAUAGUGCAGCUGAUGCUGUUAAGGAUGCAGCCGUAGCUGUGAAAGACGCUGGUUCAAAAAUUUCGAAAGAAUUGGAAGACAAAAAAGAUGCAGUUGCUAAAGAAAUUAAGGAGGAUACCAAGAUCGCCGCAGACAAAAUUAAAUCCGGAGCCGAAGCUGUUUCAGAAAAAACAGAAGCAGCAAAAGACAAAACAUCUAAAGAAGCUAAGAAAGCAAAGGAUAAAGCUGGUGGCUUCCUUUCUGGAAUAUUUAAAGGAGCCAAACAUGCUGUAGAUGAUGUUACAGGUGACGUCAAAGAAUUUUUGGACGAAACCAAGCAUGAAGCAGAAUUAGAAGAAGAAAAAGCUCGUAAAGCUGCUGAAGAAUUAGCUAAAGAUGCAAAAGAAGUCAAAGACAAAGUAACUGAAAGCGUUAAGGAUACUGCUGCAUCUGUUAAAGUAACAAAAGAUAAAAUUGUCUCUGAUUUGGACAGUUCUGUAGAUAAAGCAAAGCAGAAACUUGGAGAUGAGGCAAAAGACGCACAAGAACAUGUAAAGGAUACUACUAAAAUUGUAAAGGAAAAGGUUGAGACUGCAACUGAUGCUGUUAAAGAUGCGAGUUCAAAAGUUGCCGAAGGUGUGAUUGACGCGAAAUCUGCUGUCGAAGAAGAAGUUAAGAAGGACUCUAAGGUUGUGAAGGACAAAGUAAAAUCUGGAAAGGAUGCAGUUCUGGACAAAGCAGAAGCAGCAAAGGAUAAAACAACUAAAGAAGCGAAAAAAGCUAAGGAUAAAGCUGGUGGAUUCUUCUCUGGAAUGUUUAAAGGGGCUAAACAUGCUGCUGAUGAUGCAACAGACAAUGUAAAAGAAUUUCUCGAUGAAACACGUGAGGAAGCCCAACUAGAGGAAGAGAGAGCGAGAAAGUUUGCUGAGGACCUAUCUAAAGAUGCAGAUGAAGCUAAGAAUAAGAUAACAGACAGUGUUAAAGAUACAACCCUAAAAGUUAAAGACACUACAGAUAAAAUUAUUUCCGACGUCGACAGUUCUUUGGAUAAAACGAAGCAGAAGGUCUCUGAUGAAGUGCAAGCUGCAUCAGAUGCAAUAAAACAGACUAAAGAAGAUAUGACAAAGAAAGUUGUAGAAGAAAUCGAUACAGUAAAACAAGUUGGAGAUGAUGCAUCAAAGAAAAUUGCUGCAAGUGUUGAUUCGGCAAAGGACACUGCUUCGAAAGUAGUUCAAGACAUUGUAGAUGUCAAAGAUUCUGCUACGAAUGUUGUGAUAGAUACAGGUUCAAAAAUUUCGAAACAAGUGGAGGAGAAAAAAGAUGCUGCUGCUGCUAAAGAAAUAAAGGAAGAUGCGAAGAUAGCGGCAGAUAAAAUUAAAUCAGGGGCAGAAGCUGUUUCAGAAAAAGCAGAAGCAGCAAAAGACAAAACAUCUAAAGAAGCUAAGAAAGCAAAGGAUAAAGCUGGUGGGUUCUUUUCUGGAAUAUUCAAAGGAGCCAAGCAUGCAGUAGAUGAUGUUACAGAUGACGUCAAAGACUUCUUAGAUGAAACAAAGCACGAAGCAGAAUUAGAAGAAGAACGUGCUGCUGAAGAACUAGCUAAAGAUGCAAAAGACGUGAAAGAUAAAGCUGUAAAAACUGUUACGGACACAACUGAUAAGAUUAAGGAAGCAAAAGACAAGGCGGCCGUAGAAAUUGAUAGCUCAGUGGAUAAGGCAAAGCAGAAAGUCAAAGAGGAUAUAAAGGAGGCAAAAGAUUCAGUGAAAGAAACUGGUAAAAAAGUUUCUGAUGGAGUCGAUUCUGCAACAGAUGCUGUAAAAGAUGCUGGAUCUAAAGUGACAAAAGGAAUCACAGACGCUAAGGAUGCUAUUGCUGAUGAAAUAAAGGAGGACACCAAGAUUGCUGCAGACAAAAUUAAAUCCGGAGCAGAAGCUAUUUCAGAAACGACGGAUGCUGCAAAAGAUAAAACUGCAAAAGAGGCCAAAAAAGCUAAGGAUAAGGCUGGUGGAUUCUUCUCAGGAAUAUUCAAAGGAGCCAAGCAUGCAGUAGAUGAUGUUACGGAUGAUGUAAAAGAAUUUUUAGAUGAAACAAAACAUGAAGCAGAAUUAGAAGAAGAACGAGCUAAAAAAGCUGCUGAAAAAUUAGCAAAGGACGCAAAAGACACCAAAGAUAAAGCUGUUAAGAGUGUUAAAGAUACUGCUGAUGAAAUUAAAGACGCUAAAGAUAAGGUAUCUGCAGAUAUUGAAAGUUCUCUGGAUAAGGCAAAGCAGAAAGUCAAAGACGAGGUACAGGACGCAAAAGAUGCAGUGACAGAGACUGGUAAGAAAGUUUCUGAUGGAGUCGAAAGUGCAGCUGAUUCUGUUAAGGAUGCAGGUACUAAAAUUGAAAAAGAAUUGGAUGGCGCAAAGGACGCUGUCAAGAAAGAAAUUAAAGCGGAUGCUAAAAUUGCAGCAGACAAAGUUAAAUCAGGCGCGGAAGCUGUUUCAGAAUCUGCUGAGGCUGCAAAAGACAAAACUACAAAGGAGGCUAAGAAAGCAAAAGAUAAGGCAAGUGGUUUUCUAUCUGGAAUGUUCAAGGGUUCCAAACAUGCUGCAGAUGAUGUUGUUGAUGAUGUCAAAGAAUUUGUGGAUGUAACUAAAGAGGACGCUGCAAAAAAGAAGGAUAAAGCUUUGAAAGCUGGUGAGAAAGUUAUCGAAGACACUAAAGAUGGAGGUAAAAAAGUUUUGUCUGAUGUUGAAAUGGCAACUGAAAAAACUAAAUCAAAAGUAGAGGAGAAAACACAAGGAAUGACUGAUGCAAUUAAAGAUGUAAGUCAGAAAGUUGCAACUGAUGCUGCCGUAGCUGUAGAUACUGCCAAGGAUGCAGGUUCGAAAGUAAUUCAAGGCGUUGCCGAUGUCAAAGAGUCUGCUGUAAAGGAAGUAAAGAAAGAUGCUAAGAUUGUUGAAGAGAAAAUAAAAUCCGGAGCAGAAGCAGUUUCAGACACUGCUGAAGCCGCAAAAGAUAAAACCACAAAAGAAGCCAAAAAAGCAAAAGAUAAAGCUGGUGGUUUCUUUUCGGGAAUAUUUAAGGGAGCCAAACAUGCAGUAGAUGAAGUUACUGAUGACGUUAAGGACUUUUUGGAUGAGACGAAGCAUGAUGCAGAAUUAGAAGAAGAACGUGCUAAGAAAGCUGCUGCAGAACUUGCUAAGGAAGUUAAAGAUUCAACAGAUAAGGUAAUUUCAGAAGUGAAGGAAUCCACUGAAAAAGCAAAGGCAAAAAUAUCAGCCGAUUCACAAGCAGUAUCUGAAAAAGUUAAAAAAGCUGGUGAUCAGUUAUCAAAGGAGACUGCAGAGGUAACUGAAGACUUAAAGAAAACUACAAAAGGAAUUGUCGAUGGACUUUCGCACGAGAAGGAUGUUACUGUUAGACAAAUUGAACAAGACGUUAAAGCAGUGGAGGAAAAAGCAUUAGGAGUAGAGAAAGAUUUGUCGUCAGCUGAAACGAAGAUCAUAAAAGAUGUUAAGUCUACUACAAAAGAAUUUUUAGAAGAUACAAAGAAAUCUCCUAGUCCUGGCGGAGUUGUAAAGCAUCAUCCAGCUAAAUUAGAUGACAGUACUUAUUCUUCUGAUGAAGGAAAAGAAAAGAGUGGCGGUUUCUUUGGCAUUUUCAAGAGUCCUAAAUCUCACAAAAAGAGGAGUAAAUCUAAAGACAAGUAUUCCUCACAAGACACUUCAUUUGACAGCGGAGAUGAAGAAGCAAAAAUUAUUACAGCUAAAUUUUUGGAAGAUGUUCGAAAAACUGCCGAAGAUCCUAAAGACACUUUUGUUGAUCAAGUAAAACAUGAUGCUAAGGUUGUUGAUGAAAAAAUAGCAGUAGUUACAACUGGAUCAGCGCAUGCAUUGGACACUGUUGUGGACAAAGCAGAGAAGGAAACUAAAAAAGCCAAGGACAAGAGUGGCAAAUUUUUCUCCGGCAUAUUCAAGGUAGCUAAGCAUACAUCUGAUGAUCUUGCAGAGGAUGUUAAAGAACUUGCGGAAGAGGGGAAAAAGAAAGAUGAACGAGAAGAAGAACUAGCACGUAAACUUGUUGAUGAAAUUGCUAAAGAUAUUAAAGACACAGGUGAUAAAGCUGGAAAGGAAAUUGAAAAAACUGUUGAUGACAUGAAAGAAGCAAAAACUUCUCUUGUUCAAGAAGUGAAAAAAGAUGCAGAAAUAGUAGGAGACAAAAUUACAACAGGUGUAGAAACUGCUUCUAAAGUUGCUGAUGAUGCCAAGGAUAAAGUUGAGAAGGAAGGUAAAAAAGCCAAAGACAAAGCAGGUGGUUUCUUCUCUGGAAUAUUCAAAGGAGCCAAACAUGCUGUAGAUGAUGUUACAGGUGACGUCAAAGAAUUUUUGGACGAAACCAAGCAUGAAGCAGAAUUAGAAGAGGAAAAGUCACGCAAGGCAAUGGAAGAUUUGAGUAAGGAUAUAAAGGACACUAAAGAUAAGGCUGUUUCUGAUCUGAAAGAUUCAGCUGAUAAAGUAAAACAGAAGAUUUCAGACGAGGCUCAAGAUGCAACAGAAAAAUUAAAAGACGCUGGUGAGAAAGUUUCAAAAGGAGCGGCACAAACUAUUGCUGAUGUAAAGACAUCAACUGAAAAAGCAGCAAAAGAAAUUGACGAAGCUAAAGAUUCUUCAAUUAAAGCCGUAAAGAAAGAUGUUAAAAUUGUGGAAGAGAAGGUAGGAUCCAGUGUAGAAUCUCUUUCACAUAAAAUUGAUGACGCAAAAGAGACAACUGUUAAGGAAACAAAAAAAGCAAAGGAUAAAGCGGGUGGUUUCCUCUCCGGUAUUUUCAAAGGAACUAAGCAAGCAGCAGAAGGAGCUGCAGAUGAUGUAAAAGAAUUUGUUGAUGAAACGAAAAAAGAAGCUGAAAAGGGGAAAGAAAAGGUUCAUGAAAAAGCAGAAAAGUUUUCAAAGGAUGUAAAGGAAACUAAAGAUAGCAUAGUGUCAGAUGUUAAAGAAACUAAAGAAAAACUGUUAUCAGAAACCAAAGAUGCAGCUGAUAAAGUAAAGGACAAAGUAUCCGAAGCAGGAGAGAAAAUUUCUCAAGGUGUCGUAGCUGCAGUUGAUGAAGUAGAAAAAGACGCUAACGCUAUAAAAGAAAAGGUGUCCUCUGGUGCUGCAGAAGUAGCUGAAAAAUCACAUGAUGUUAAAGAUAAAGCAGUUAAAGAAUCCAAAAAAGCAAAAGAUAAAGCUGGUGGCUUUUUGUCGGGAAUAUUUAAAGGAUCCAAACAAACAGCUGACGAAGUUAAAGAUGAUGUAAAAGAAUUCUUAGCCGAGACAAAACACGAAGCUAAACUGGAGGAAGAACGGGCCAAAAAAGCUGCCAGUGCUUUAUCUCAGGAUGCAAAGGACAUAAAGGAUAAGGUUGUCUCUGAAACUAAAGAUUCUUUGGAUAGUGUGAAAAAAGCAGUAGAUGAUGGUUCUCAAGCAGUAUCUGCAAAAGUAAAAGAUCUAGAUGAAAAAGUAUCAAAGACAACUGCAGAUGUGACUCAUGAAGUAAAGGAAACAGCAAAAUCAAUUGAUGACAAAUUAACAUCUGAAGCUGAAGCCGUCUCACAAUCUGCAGCUGCCGUUAAAGAUAAAGCUGCAAAAGAAUCCAAAAAGGCUAAGGAUAGAGCGAGUGGCCUCUUUUCAGGAAUAUUCAAAGGAAGUAAACAUUCAUCAGAAGAAUCUGAUAGAGACGAAAAAGAUGGAACUGAUGUUGCGAAAAAACAGAAAAAGAAAGGAAAGGAACGUGCCCAAAAGACAAAGGAUGAUGCAACAAAGAAUAUUACAGGAUCUAAAGAAACUGUAGUUUCCGGCAUGAAAGAAAGUGCAGAAAAUAUAAAAGAAAAAGCAGCAAGUGAUACCGAGAAAGUGAAGGAUAAAUCAGGUGGUUUCUUUUCUGGCAUAAUAAAGGGAGUAAAACAUGCAGUUGACGAAGUUACUGAUGACGUAAAAGAAUUUUUAGAUGAUACAAAGCACGAAGCUGAAUUAGAGGAAGAAAAAACUCGCAAAACUGUUGAAACUGUAAGCAAGGACAUCAAAGACACCAAAGAUAAGGUUAUUUCUGAUAUUAAGACUUCAACUGAGAAAACGAAACAAGAAAUAUCAAAAGAUGUUCAUGACGCUGCUGAAAAAAUUCAAGAUAGUAGUGAAUCGGCACUAACACAAGUUUCUGAUUCUCUAGAUUUUGGUAUUAAAGAUAUUUCAGAAACUGUAACGACAGCAAGUGAAACAUUACAACAAAAAGCUGAGGAUAUUACAAAAGGUGAUGACAAAAAGGCUCAAGACGCAGAUAAUGCAGCAAAUAUUAAGAAGACUAAAGAUAAAAUUAAAACUGAUGUAACAAUCACUUCAAAGAAAAUUUCCGAUCAAGAUAAAUUAAAAGGUGAUAAAACUAAAGGAGCUGCAAAAGGAGCACCUUCAACUGCUAAAGGAUCAUCAGCAGCUACCCCAUCAUCAGUUAAAGGAACGCCUGUAGCUGCUAAAAGAACUGCCGCUAAAGAUACAACUCCUAAAACCGCCAAGAAGGAUCUUAAACCUGUUCAACGAAAAAUAUCCUCCGGUUCUGAUUCAUCAGGUAGAGCGGGAUCUGUUCCUAAAGAAAAAAUUAAUACAGAUACUAAAAAGACGAAGGAAAAAGCAGGAGGAUUUAUAUCAGGUAUAGUGAAAGGGGCGAAAAAUGUUGUGGAUGAUGUUACCAGUGAUGUGAAAGAUUUUAUGGAUGAAACGAAAGUUCAAGCCGAGAAGGAAGAGGAACAGGCACGUCAAGCAGCCGAUAAGCCAAAAGAUAGUAAAAAAGAUUCUUCAGAUCAAGCUUCAAAGAAAACCACAACAGUUCAGAGGAUAACAAAAGAAACAACACCUCCAAGUACAAAAGUUAAAAAAUCAGGUCAAGAAAUUUCCAAAUCGGUAACCUCCGUCAAAACAACAACUUUGACGAGUGUAACAAAAACCACUAAAACCAUCAAAGAAUCAUCUGCCAGUCCUGUCUUACCUGAAAGAAGAAAAUCGGGAAGUGUUCCAAAAGAAACUAAAGCCAUAAAACAAGACACCAAAACAACACCAGAAUCAACUAGACGCUCGUCCACUGAUAAAUCGUCCAAAGUACCAAUUUCCGGGAAAACAAAAACAUCAACUAGUCGAGUGACCAAAGAAAGCCCUCCAAAAGAAGCCGUUAAAUCGACAACAAAAACACCAAAAAGUAUAGAAACUGUCCCCAAAACUGAAACAAUAUCUCUCGAUCCCAAGGAAGCAACCGCUUUACUUCUAAAUGAAGAAAAAGCCACAGCAGAACAUAUUCCAGUUAGUCAAGAACCUAAAGAGUCUCGUAUUCCACAAUUGAGUUCAGGAAGAAGUUCCCUUGAAAGGGAAUCCUCAUCAGAUUCAGAAAGCAAGAGUAAAUCCAAAAAACCAAAAAAAGGCGGUAUUAUAUCCAAUAUCGUGAAGAGCACGAAAAGUGCAACUCACAAAAUAGCAAAAGAAGUGGACCACGCGAAAGAAGGCCUGAAAGGUGCCACUGAAAAAUUCUGGGAGGACACAAAACGUGAAAGUAAAGAAGCAUCGAUAUCCGGUAGUUACGAUGUGUCAUCACCAGAAAGUAAUACCGACACACUAAAAGAUGAAAUUGCAACAACCGAGUCUAAUAUUAAUGUCGAAUCGUCAAACGCGUUAGCUAGAUUAGUUGACGUUGAUGACGAACGUCCAAAAAAACAAAUUUACGAAUUCAAAGAAAUUUCAAGCAUUCCAGAAGUAACAAUAGAAUCUAGGGAAGUUAGGGAAAUAAGAUUUACAACAGUGGGUGAAUCAGGUACAAUAGUAGGGACUGAUAUAUUGAGUGAGUUAGGAAGCAUCGAGCCUCGCGCAAGUCAAACCGUCACCACAGUCGUUACAAAAUCUGUGCGAACGGCAACGACCCCACCACCCAGCCCCGCCGAGUUCAGUGACAAUAGCGUUAAAGAUGUAACUGAGGAGGCUGAAAGACGUGCCCAUGAAUUAGCAAGCCAAGCCAUCUCACUCAGACAACCAGGGCAUGAUUCGGCUGAGAUUGAUGGGACUGUAGAGAGGCAUGCUACUUCUGCUCCUGUUCCUGCCCCUCGUUACACUGCCACCAUCUCAUCUAAAGCUAAUUUGGAACUAAACAUUAAGGACCCCGCGUCGCCACAGAAGAAAAAAACGACGAUAAAAUCAAAAAUACCGGCUAGGAAAUUUGAGAAGCAGGAUAGUAGUCCACCAUCCAAGGAGAUACCAUCCCCGAAGAGUAAAAUUCCAAUAAAACUCAAAAAUCAAGAUGAAGAUAGAAUUAUUGAGACGAAGAAUUUCACGGAAACGAUCACGACCUACAGCAGUCAUAGUAUACCAUCAGAGGAGUUGGACAAGAAUUUUGAAAAUCAUCCAAUUUCCAAGCAGGUGACGACAAGUUCCCAAGAGACUGAUCCAGAAUUAGAGGACUUGAUCAAGGAUGGAGAGGUUGUGUCGAGUAAGAUAGUGAAGAAAACUGUGAUGACAACGUCUGAUAGUUUAGAGCCGGAAGUAUGGACUGAGACAAUGACGACUAAAACUCUACCCGAUGGGAAACAGGAGACAUGGCGAUCUGUCACAUCAGGAAGUUUACAAUCAGAAAUUUGGGAUACGCAAUGCUCAUUGGACACGUCGCCUGGCUCGGGAAAUGGUGAUUUGUAUCAAAAGAAUGAAAAUUACAGACAUGAGGUAAACAGUGAUACGGAUAGCGAAGGUUCGCCACAACCAAGAAGAAGAUCAUUGAGCAAGAGAAGAACUUUGGGCAGUUCUAGCGGAUCAGAUGUCGCACUUCAUGAAGGUGCUGAGCUCUCCCCAUUGGAAGACGACCAAGGUACCUCACUCACAGCUAACAUUCUAAAAUCUGACUUUUUACAACAAAGCGAACCUUCCUACAUGGAAACAACAACGACAGAAAUUGAUCCUGAAACAAAUGAAAGAAUAACGAGAACGACGCGAGUAGUAACAACGGCGGGAUUAGGAGGUGUCUCCAGCGGUGCAGACGAGCUUCGUGAAUCAAUGCAAAAAAUAGUGGAUCAAUUUAUGGUGGAAGAUAGAAAGGGACAGUGAAUAAGUGUCGAUUUAUCUUUGACGAACUCUGAGCAAAGUAAAAUUCUUGACACUGCGAAAAAGAGGGCAGACAUUUUAAGAAAGAAAAAUUUUUUUUAAAAAACUAAAAAGCUUUAAAAAAACAAGCACAUCUCUACGUAUGAAUUUAGUUCGAUAUUUCCUCGCGUCGAGCUUUAAUAUCAUACUCUUCGAUAAAAAAAGCUAAAUAGCAUUGAUAUAUAUAUUGUACCUUGGCCUAAUGGCAAAUAAAUCGAAUUUGUUUUUAAUAAAAUAUUCUCUUUGCUAGACAGACUAGCAUUUUUUCGCUAGUCUUUACUACGCCAGCCCGUCCAGUGCUUUUCUUUGUAAAGUGAAACAGAAAAAAAAUCUUGCUUUGCUUCCAUCAAAAAAAAAAAGAAAAAUGUUUACCCUUGAAUGUCGCUUCUAAACAUUUUUGUGCAGAUAGAUUGUACUAUGAUUAUAAAAAGAAAAAAAAAUUAUAAAUAGAUUUCUAUUGAAAGAAAAAUUACACUCUGUUAUGAAUUAAAAAAGUGGAUAUAUCGUUGUCCCAUUAAAAAAAAAUUAAAUAAACAAAGAAAAUUUAAGUAUUCUUCUCAUGUUGCUCGCUGUUAAAACUCAAAGACUUAGAGAAAAUUUCUAAGUUGCAAAUUUUAAGAUAAAAAAACGUCGACACUGCUUAAUGGUGUUUUUUUUCUUUGAGUGAAAAUAUUUCAUCUUGCUGUCACACAAAACAAAACAAAAAGCACAAUAAUUCACGAGAGAGACUCUAAAAUAUUGUUUUUGAUUUGAGCGACGGCAAGAUUUGAAUUCUUUUUUUUAUCAUCAGGUUAUAUAUUGUACAUUUUUUCAAUUAUUUAAUUACAAUUUCUUAACAAUUUUUUCAUUGUGUAUAUUUAUAAUAAUUAUUUACAUUAUAGGCGUAACUUAUAUUAUUGUACUAUUUAAAGAUAAAUUGUAAUAAUAAUUAUUCGAUCUUGAUAAAUAUGAGGAAUAUUUUAUUUAUAUAAUAUGGAAAAAAAUACUGACUGUUUUUUGAAUUGUUACAUUUCUUGCAAAAAAAAAGAAAAGAAAAAAAAUAUUAAUUAUAUUGUGAGAAAUAAUAAGAAAAAUGAAAAUAUAGCGUAUUUUUUACUAUUAUUGUAAAAAAUUACAAAAAAAAAAUAAGAAAUUAAUGCAUAAUUAUUGCGGGACAUUUAUGUCACAAAUUAUUCAAUAUACAAUGACCGAGAAAUUUCUUUAAUUUUAAAGUUUUAAGUGAAUUUAGCAAAAAACUUGUGUCAUUGCUUUUUUUAAAUAUGGGAGAAGAAAAUCGUAUAUAUAUUAUAAAUACUAUAUAUAAUAUAUGAAUUAUAAGUCUCCUAGUAUAAAGAUAUUCUAUUAAUAUAUAUACAUAAAAUGCUAUAUUGAGAAAUACAUAUAAUGUCUACGCAAAAUAAAGAUUUAUAAAUUAUUUAAGCUGCAUAAAAAUAGACUUGCCUAGAGCCCACCCGACUUAAGGACCAAAGGCACAAUCAUAUGCAUAUAAUUAUAUAAAAUACCGAAAAUGCUCCUGUGUAAAUCUGUAAUGUUUAAUAAAUCUUUCAUGAUUCACGUGGUA